AUGUAUCGCAGUAUUAUUGGUAAGCUGAUUUAUGCUGCUAAUUGUGCUCGUCCUGAUCUUGCUGUUGCUGUUAGCUUUCUUUGUCGAUAUAUGCAGAGUCCUAAGUCUAUUCAUAUGGAAGCUGCUAAGCAUACUCUUCGUUAUCUUAAGGGUACUGCUGAACUUGGUCUUGAAUAUCGAGCUCAGAAAGUCUACAAGCUUGUUGGCUAUAGUGAUGCCGAUUAUGCACAGGACAAGCAGGACCGUAAGUCCUUUACUGGGUAUGUUUUUAUUCUGUCUGGUGGUCCCAUUACUUGGGCUUGUCGAAAGCAAGUUAGUCCUGCAUCGUCCAGCGUCGAGUCUGAGUACAUGUCAUUGUCUGAUGCGUCUAAGGAAUGCUUCUGGAUUAAUCAGUUGUUGUCUCUUUGCAAGAUUCCUGUUCCGUUGCCAGUGACUAUGUUUGAGGACAAUCAGGGAUGUAUUGCAUUGGCUCAGAACCCAGUGUUUCAUCGUCGCACCAAGCAUAUUGAUGUUCGUUAUCAUGUUGUGCGUCACUAUAUUCGCAGUGGAGUGAUUCAUCUGGAGUAUCUUGAUACUCAAGUGAUGUUGGCAGAUAUGUUUACUAAGAAUCUUGGUCGUGUGAAGUUUGAGACAUUAAGGGGACUACUUGGUAUGAAGGCAGUAGGUGAUUCUGCGACAAGGGGAGGUGUUGAGCAUGCAAUGUUGUCGCAGACUAGUGCAGUUGAUAAUGCACGUGAGUUUGGGUGGGAAACUAUGGUUGAUAACCUAUGUUUAUUUUAG